AAUCAUUUGUUAAUAAUCAUGGCGACUUACACAUAUUUUUUGCUAAUUAGCUUCGUAUUAUUCAAUUGUUUCUUAGCUUGGAAAGAGGUAUAUGCAAAGCCAAAUGUGCCAAGACAAGAUAUAACAUUUCAAUUUAAUCGGAGCUGUUUCCCCCCAGAUUUCAUUUUUGGGACUGCCUCAUCUGCUUAUCAGUAUGAAGGAGCAGCAAAUGAAGGAGGAAGAGGACCUAGUAUAUGGGAUACAUAUACUCAUCAACAUCCUGAAAGGAUAAGAGAUCUCAGCAAUGGUGACGUAGCAGUUGAUUUCUACCAUCGCUACAAGGAAGAUAUAAAACUAAUGAAAUAUGAAGGGUUUGAUGCUUUUAGAUUUUCUAUCUCGUGGUCGAGAGUUUUACCAUAUGGGAAGCUAAGCAUGGGAGUAAACAAAGAGGGUAUCGCCUUCUAUAAUGAUCUCAUCAAUGAGCUCUUAGCAAACGGUAUAGAGCCUGUUGUCACACUCUUCCAUUGGGAUACUCCUCAAGCCCUUGAGGAUGAGUAUCUUGGCUUUCUAAAUUACAAAAUUGUAGAGGAUUUUCGAGAUUAUGCAGAAGUUUGCUUCAAAGAAUUUGGUGAUAGGGUUAAACUUUGGAGCACUAUCAACGAGCCAUGGAGUUUUGCAUUUGCUGGAUAUGACUUAGGUUUAUUUGCACCUGGGCGAUGUUCAGUUUUGACUAAUACCUGUGUUUCUGGGAACUCCGCAACUGAGCCUUACGUUGUUGCCCACAACUUGCUCCUUGCCCAUGCAGCAGCCACUAAACUAUACAUACAUCAAUACAAAAAAUCACAGAAGGGCGAGAUAGGAAUAGUACUGGUGUCUAAUUGGUUUGAACCCUACUCGAAGAGUGAAGAAGAUGCCGAAGCAGCUCAAAGAGCCCUCGACUUCAUGUUUGGAUGGUUUAUGAGUCCGUUAACUUAUGGUGACUAUCCAGAAAAUAUGCGUAAACUUGUGGGAAGUCGUUUACCAAAUUUCACUGCGGAGGAAGCUGAAAUGGUGAAAGGUUCCUUUGAUUUCUUGGGUCUAAACUACUAUACUUCGACUUAUGCACGCAAUAAAAUUACUCCCGUUGAUAAUAAUUUGAAUCCUCGUUAUUCAACUGAUUCUCAAGUCACUCAAACACCAUUAAGAAAUGGCAAAUUUAUUGGUGAACCGACGGGCUCAAGUAAUAUUUUGGUUGUCCCGAGAGGUUUACGCAAUCUUCUCGUCUAUGCGAAGGAAAAAUACGAUAAUCCAAUAAUUUAUAUUACGGAAAAUGGUAUGAGUGAUAUCAAUACCAGAGCAGUUGAACCAGGAGUCAAUGACAUCCAAAGGGUUAAUUUCCACCGUCGUCAUCUCUUGAUGCUCAACGAUGCCCUCAAGGAUGGAGUGAAGGUGAAGGGUUAUUUAGCUUGGUCGCUUUUGGAUAAUUUUGAGUGGGCUUCAGGAUAUACUCAAAGAUUUGGGCUCAACUAUAUCGAUUUUGAGAAUAAUUUAAAGAGAUACCCCAAACGUUCUGCUCUUUGGUUCAAACAAUUUCUUCUCCAAUAGAAAAUUUUGGAGCUAUUGUAUUCUUUAUGUUAGUUUCAUUAUGUCAAUUUCUUCAUAUACGUGCUGCAUUGCAUGCAGUCCUAUCAAUAACUAAAUGUUUUGCAUGUAAAAACAGUUAUAUGUGUUUCUCCUGAACAAUAGUAACUCUUGGUUGCUUAA